UCUACUGCAUUGUACCUCUUAUGAAAAUCUGGUUGUUGCUGUUUUUAUUAUUAUUAUUAUUAUUUGAUGAAAUCUGAUUUUCGUUAUAAUAAAUGAAUUGAAAAUAAAAACCAACUUAACAUUUCAGUAAUUACCAACUAAAAGAAAAAACAUUUUGGUAAUUACUUUUAAAAUUACUGCAAAGCACAUAUAAAAGGGCAGAAUUUUGCAGUCGAUUAGCAGAUGCCAAUUAGAGAGAGAGAGAGAGAGGAAUCCCUCCCAGAUCCGCCAGUCCUGUUACCCCACCAUCAAAGCUUCUCUGACUAGCAAUUAUUAAAUUGAACGCAUUUCUAUGAAUUUCUUCAUCAAUUUGGGGUUCUGAUUUUUCCUUUGGUCGCGGAUGGAAAGAUACAGGAUAUUGGAUUAUGAUAAUGGCGAAGUGGAAUUUGAAUCCAGAUUAAUGGUGGGAUCAUCAUCGCCCUCGAGAUCACUGCCGAUUUCGACGCCGCCGUCCGAUGCCGCCGGUGUAGGCCUAAACGGUGGGCAUAAUUACAUAAUACACCCCGUUGGCAAAUACGACACCCUCGCCGGCGUUGCCAUAAAAUAUGGUGUCGAGGUGGCAGAUAUUAAGAGGUUAAAUGGAUUGGUGACUGAUCUCCAAAUGUUUGCUUUGAAGACCCUUAAAAUACCAUUGCCAGGGAAGCAUCCCCCAUCCCCCACCUUGUGCAAUGGUCAAGAGACUCAACGGCCAAGCAGCUCUGAGCAGGACCCGUCCAACCGUCAGCAUUCUGAUUUAUUUGAUUCGUUUCAGUCUUUAAAAUUAUGUUCUUCUUCAGAGCAUAAAGUCUCGCCAGCCAUGAACAGCUUACAAGGUUAUUAUGGUCUCAGGCAACCAGAUCAAAAGGCUACCUCCGGAGACCAGAAUGGAAAAGCUAAAUAUCUCGAGGAUGGGUCAUUUUACACACCGUCAAAACAUCCAUUGAGUCAUCAAAGAAAAUCGAGAAGUGUUGCUAAUAAUUUAAUGUACGCAAAUGGUGGGCUGCAUGAUCCGCUCUUGUCACCAGAAUCUGAAGAUGGUGGUACUAACAAAUGGAUCGAGAAGCUUUUAGGGAGGCGUCAAAAGUCUGAAACCGAAUUAACUUCUUGUCCCCCAGAAAAGCUUCUUAAGGAGGAAAGCAGUAGUAGCAGUGGCAUUUCAAGUGGAGGCUUGGCUCUCAGGUCCAAAGCAGCCACCCGAGCUUUCUCAAGCGGAGUCGAUGCUGAGUCAGGUGGGCUGAACCCAAUUCCUCUAAAUUUGGGCGAAUCACCUCAAACUGACCCUGUCACUGGGGUACGGAAGUCAUCAAGUACAUCGAGUCUGAUGGAUCCAGAUAGCAGUGCAUUAUUAUCAUUAUGGCCAACAUCCAAGUGGAGUUUGAAGCCAGAUUUUCAGGCUCUUUCUUCCGCUGCUGCUGCCAUGCCUAUCUUUGAUGGUCUGCCUAAGCCAAUGAGUCGAAAAAGCAAAGCCGCGCUUGAUUAGUGAGUCCCUUAUUCCUCACUCUAUUCUUUCAUACAUCUUGCAGAAGCAUUAUUCAACACUGAGAUCAGUAAAGAUGUGUAUAGAUGUUUACGACAUCGGAUACGGAUUCGUAGCAGUUUUGGUGAAAUGAUACGGAUUCGUCCCUAGAAGUUGAUCUUCAUUCAACUGAGGAAUGGGGAACAAAAAAGGUUUAUUUUGCUGUGGUUUUGGUUAAUUGCUGCAGCAUGUGUACAUGCUUUUAUUGAACAUUCAUAGAUAGCAUGUAUAUUGGAUUGGAUACUGACCUAUGUUUUGACGACAAGAAGAAGAAAAGAAAAAUAUAUUUGUACUUACAUAUUUAUAUAUACAUUUAUAUUCUUUCUGCUUCA